GGGCCGGGGGGUGCCGGAGGAGGGACUAUGGGGAGAGGAAGGUAUAAGAAGGGAUGCGGGCGAGGGAGGGGGGUGAUGGAAAGAGGGGGUGCGGGGCCGAGGGGCAGGCGCUGACAGCCGCUCUCCCCGCGCCCGCAGUCCCCUCCCCCGGUGCCGCCGUGGGGUGGGACUCCCCGGCGGGCCGCGGUCUCCCGUGCCGCUCCCCACCCCCCGCCGCUGCCCGGCGCCGGGGGUCGGUGCUGGGCCGGGCGUGCCGGGGGUGGGCGGGCUCCGCCGCCCGACGGCGCGGCCCGGACGCUGCCCCGCAGCCGGCACCCGGGCGGGCAGCGGCACCCCCGGGACGAUGCCGCGGCUCUCCCCGGCCUCCGCCGCCGUCCUGCUGGGCGUCCUGUGCCUGCCCGGCGCGCCGGCCUCCUCCCUGCUCACAGGAUCGGUUGCAAAAUGUGAAAAUGAAGGGGAAAUUUUGCAGAUACCUUUUAUCACAGACAACCCUUGUAUAAUGUGUGUUUGCCUGAAUAAGGAAGUGACGUGCAAAAGGGAGAAGUGUCCAGUGCUCUCCAAGGACUGUGCUCUCGUCAUUAAGCAGAGAGGAGCUUGCUGUGAGCGUUGCAAAGAUUGCAGUUUUGAAGGAAAUACGUACAACAGCUCCAUGAAAUGGCACCUCCCCAGCAACCCCUGUGUAACAUACCAGUGCCAGGAAGGAGUGAUAGUAGAAUCAGAAGUACAGUGUGUUGUUCACUGCAAAAACCCUUCCAAACUCAGGGGAAUGUGUUGUCCUGUGUGUCCAGGUUGUGUAUUUGAAGGGAGACUUUACAAUGAAGGAGAAGAAUUUAGGCCUGAAGGAAAUAAAUGUACCAAGUGCUCUUGUAUUGGUGGCAGGACACAGUGUAUCCAGGAAGUCUGCCCCAUUCUUUCAUGUCCCCAGCACCUCAGUCACAUUCCUGCUGGACAGUGUUGCCCCAAAUGCUUAGGACAGAGGAAAGUGUUUGACCUCCCAUUUGGAAGCUGCCUCUUUCACAGCAACGUGUAUGAUAAUGGUUCCUCAUUUAUGUAUGACAACUGCACGGUGUGUACAUGCAAGGAUUCAACAGUGAUAUGUAAGAAGAGGUGCUUACUUCCUGGUGAAUGCAAUAAAAACAAAGACCACUGCUGCAAGGAGUGUGUCUCAUACAUCUCUCCUGAGGAAGUGAAAGUGUGCAAGUUUGGCAAUAAGAUCUUCCAGGAUGGGGAGAUGUGGUCCUCUGUGAACUGCACCAUCUGUGCUUGUGUGAAAGGCAAGACAGAGUGUCGCAAGAAACAGUGCAUUCCAGUCAGCAGCUGUCCUCAUGGUAAAAUCCUGAACAGAAAAGGAUGCUGUCCGAUUUGCACUGAAAAGCCUGGAGUUUGCACUGUAUUUGGAGAUCCUCACUACAACACUUUUGAUGGACGGACAUUUAACUUUCAGGGAACAUGUCAGUACGUUUUGACGAAAGACUGCUCCUCCUCUGCCUCGCCCUUUCAGGUGCUGGUAAAAAACGAUGCCCGUCGGACCCGUUCUUUCUCCUGGACAAAGUCAGUGGACCUUGUGUUGGGCAGAAGCACAAUCAGCCUCCAGCAGCACCUCACAGUGAAGUGGAAUGGGACCCGAAUUUCACUACCUUGCGAGACACCACAAUUUCACAUCGAUUUGGAUGGUUAUUUGCUGAAAGUGACAACCAAAGCAGGCUUGGAAAUCUCGUGGGAUGGAGACAGUUUUGUGGAAGUCAUGGCUGCACCUCAUCUGAAAGGCAAACUCUGUGGUUUGUGUGGCAAUUACAAUGGGCACAAGCGAGACGACCUGAUUGGAGGGGAUGGGAAUUUUAAGUUUGAUGUGGACGACUUCGCGGAAUCCUGGCGCGUGGAGUCCAACGAGUUCUGCAGCCGCCCGCAGAGGAAACCCCUGCCCGAGCUGUGCCACGGGACAGUCAGGGUGAAACUCCGAGCUCAUCGGGAAUGCCAGAAGCUCAAAGCCUGGGAGUUCCAGAGCUGUCAUUCAACAGUGGAUUAUACCACCUUUUACCGGUCCUGUGUGACAGACAUGUGUGAGUGUCCGAUCCAUAAAAACUGCUACUGUGAGUCAUUCCUGGCAUACGCCCGUGCCUGCCAGAGGGAAGGACUGAAAGUCCAGUGGGUGCCCGAGCAGAACUGUGCAGCAACCCAGUGUAAACACGGUGCAGUUUAUGAUACCUGUGGUCCGGGAUGUGUCAAAACAUGUGACAACUGGAAUGAAAUUGGACCAUGCAACAAGCCCUGCGUUGCAGGGUGUCACUGCCCUGCAAAUUUAGUUCUUCACAGAGGAAGAUGCAUCAAGCCAGUGCUGUGCCCGCAGCGGUGACAUUCAUUCUUUGUCCAUGGACAUUAGUGCAGGUGGUCACUGACUCCCCUGAUGCUCACAGCCAGUGAAGGACUCCAGCUGUUUGUGUGCAGAUUCUGCAAAGUACAUGUCUGCUCACAGAGUGUAAAUAUGCUCCUCUGUGUGCAUUUGUGUGUCUCUAAGUACACACACGUGGCACCUAGAAAGAUAUAUAAAUGUAUACUGUGUGUAUUUGGACACGUGUGUCCAUACGCAAGUGCCCUAAACGUAAGUACAACCCAUAUAUUUAUAUAUAUGUCCACAUGCAAAUAUACAUAAUUUCUAUCUACCAUAGAAGGAUGAAUUAUAAUAUGUAUAUUUUUUGCUAUAAAGUUUAUGUAUUAUUAUUUCUAGGACCCUGAUCUGUAAGUCAUUGUAUAAAUAAACCAGGUGUUUUUAAUAUAAUAUUGUGGCAUGAAAAGAUUGGAUGACUUUGCCGUUGCAUAAGUUUGUCGUUACCAAGGAAACUUUUCUAGGGCCACAGCACUGCCAGGCUGGAUUACUUUCAACACAGAACCUGGAUUUACAGUUGUACAGGAAACACAUUUCUCUGGAGAUGGAGGAUUUAUCUAGGAAUAUUUCAUGCGUACCUUAGAGCUGCAUAGUGAUUGGUGACAGAGCUUAAUCAGGCAGAGAAAGCUGGGGAUUGGCUUUUAUGCUUUACUGAAAUAACUGUGCAAAAUGAUUUCCAAAGCUGGUUGGACAAUGGCCAGGAUAGAGAUAUUUCUUUCUGGAACGGCACCAAAGAGUCGGGGCCAGAUUUUCAUAAGUGUUAGGCACCCAACAGCUCACUUUGAAAAUCUGACCACUUCCCAUUUCAUAUCCUAAUGCCCCAUCUCUGUUGUGUUUGGCAGUAGCUGUGAAUACACAAUGAGGAGCUUGAAGAAAAUAUUCAUGUGCAUAUUAGCCCCUUAAAUAUGUUUGAAAUGGCUAGGUUUGUUUCAUGUCUCCCCCAAAUAUUAUGCAAAAGCAAAUCCCACGCUGAAACGUUCUGUUUCAGUGUGCCUUAAAACAUCAAAUAAUGCCAGGCUUAGUAACUCAUUUAAUUUAUCAGCAUGGUUUAGAGGAAAGACAAAUUCACCCCACUGAAAACCAGUAGAGAAUGUCAAAUGCUAAUUGGAGAACUGCAUUUUAUUUCCUUAGUGGUCUUUUGGUUGAGGUUUACGAACAUGUGGGCUCUGUGAAGUUUGCAUGACUUUUGAAGUCUCCCAGGGGAGAAGCAAUAAUAUGGGAUUUCAUAAGAAACGGAUAAAAAAGCCAUGCAACUUUCUCAAGCCUGAAGGGACGGGGGGCUAUUUUUCUUCACUGGAAAAGGCUCUUAUAGAGCCUGAUGGAAUGGUCUCUGGAGAUGAUAGAAAUCUUUGUGCAUCUGAUUUAGGUUUAUAAUGAAGUAAUAUCUUCCCACACAGCUACUUCCAUCAUGCCUUGCAUUGAAAUUGCACAUUGUAAUGCUUUGAACAACUUUCUCCUUUAAUUCUUUUCAUUUGAGGAAGUUAAGCAGGGUCUGAGUUUACAGUAAGUGAGUGGGUAAACACACUUGGGUUAUACAACCUUUCUGUGAUCCCACCCUGGAGGAAGAUGCUGAGUGAACCUGGUUAACUUAGGCACCACACUAUCCAAAAUGCUGUACCACCACAGUGUUAAAAAGAGCUGGGCAUAUAAUGCCAAGAGUGUUCCAUGGAUGUUCAUCCAAAUCUUAAAUAAACUCAGCCUGAUCUUUUUA